CCGACUCGCAAGUCAGACGCACUGUAUAUGCCACCUAUUAAUGCUUAUGGUAUGAAAUUCAUGUAUUUAUGUAUAAUCAAUGUCUAAGCAUUUAUAUACAGCCGAAUUCGAAAUACUCCCGGCCAGUUCAUUCCUCCCGGAGUCUCUCCCGAAAUUCUCUUUUGACAGUUGAAACGUAAACAAUGUAAUAAAACCAAUUUGUUAAUUUCUAUUAUUAAAUUACAUUUUUCUUAUUAAACUAUAGAUAAAAUGUACACCAUAGCCUUCCAUUUGAUAGCAGAAGAGAUGGACGAAGAUGUGGAGCAGAAUGUGACACAAAGAAGGCACUUACGCGAUGCAACAAACCCGCUUGAGUUGCCCCAAGCUUUAUUUCAGAAAUAUCAUAGGGUAAACAAAGCAGCUUUUCGGUACUUGCUGGAUGUACUAACAGCGCAUACCCUGCCAGCAAAAAAGCCAUUUGCUGUUUCUCCGCUGAUAAAACUGGACGCAACUUUGCGCUUCUUUGCAGAAAGAAUACGACGUUUCUCUUGCUCAAUGCAGCCUCAGCAAAGUGGUUGGCGGAGUUAUAAAUAUUUUUGAAACUAAUCUUUGCACAAAAUGGAUCCGCUUUUGCAGAACGGCGGAAGAAAAACGCAAAUUUCAUUGGCACUUUACUGAAAGCAUGACAUUCCAAGUGAUAUGGGAUGCAUAGAUGGGACACACGUCCGCAUUAUAGCUCCCUCCCAGAAUAAACACUUAUAUUAUAACCGAAAGGGAAACUACAGCUUAAAUACCA